UUGAAGUAACGUACUUAGUUUUACGGAAAUCAUUUUCAAAUAUCCAAUAAAAACUAGUGUCACAAUAUAUACGUGUGUUACAUGUGAGAUGUCAUAUUGUUGGUCAUUACAAUUUUAAAUCUAUUUAACUUAUUGUCAUAUCUUUUUAUGAGUUGUGUUCCAGAAAAUACAUUUAUAAAAUAUACUAAAGUAAAAUAUUUAGUUUUUUAAUUGCAAUAAUACUUUUUUACAUAAGAUAUUUUGGUUUUAUCGAGAUUUUCAAUUCAGUUUUUCGUCUUUUUUAUAUAGAUAUAAAUUCCAAACAUGAACUGUUUUCACGUUCAAAAUAAUAAACUUGAUGUAUGAACAAAACAAAUACACUCCAUAAAGUAAUAUAAUCAAAAAAGUGGUUGAAUAUUUAAUUUCAAACUGUUAUUAAAUGUUUAAGGUCGUAGAAAAGUGAGUGCUAUCGGUUGAAAGACCUGGGUAGGUCAACCUCAAGUUUGCACAUGUGGAUAAUCAUAAUUCUUACUUUAGUGUUCAAACAAUUAGUUAAUAAAAUUUUUCGAAAUAAUUGCAAAGUCGUUUAUUCAUCUAUUCACAUUGAGUAUCCUAUUGCAUCAAAAAAACUCAAAUUUCAUGGCUAAAGCCACUAUUUUAUAAAUAAAAUUUAAAAACAAAAUUAUUCACGCUGAUUAAUUUAAAACGAAAAAAAAUAAAAAAACCAUAGAACAAAAAGGUGAAAAAUUAACAUAGAAGUUUUAGAAAAAAUAUAUGAUUAUUUACUAAAUCAUUUGUGAAGUUAAUGUUUUGAAUAAACGAGAGUGAGUGAAAUUAUUAAUCAUGUGAAUUAAAUGGCCCUUACAAAAUUCAGCCAUUAUUGGAGAAACUUACUAUGGGCAUCUGCUUGGACACUGAUCAACAAAAUGGAUCGCAGGUGUUCGAAGACAGCAAUGCUCAAAGUGUUGGAAAAUGGCGGGGUGAAGCAGGACUUCUGUCAACACCACCGAAUGGACGGUUCCCUACUCAAAAUAUUGGUCCUGUCAAAUUUGAACCACCUACAGUUCCAGUCAUUUUUGUACUUGGUGGCCCAGGGAGUGGGAAGGUGACACAUUGUGAUAAUUUAAUUCAAGAAAAAAAAGGGAUAACGCACAUCAAUAUGACCGAUCUAUUACAACAAUACGCGAUUGGAAACGAUAUGCAAGAUUUUGGACUUCUAAGUAGUAAAACUGUUGCUGAAGUACUUAUGUUAGAAAUGAAAAUGUCACCAAACGCAAAAACUUUUCUCAUUAGUGGAUAUCCAAGGAAUAUGCGUGAUGUAGUUGAAUACUCAGAAAAGAUUCAAGUAAUAAAUGGUGUGGUUCUUGUAUCUUGGAGACAGGAAGUUCUAGAGCGACAAAUCGAUUAUGGUGCUCAACUUGGUCACGUAAUUUUAAGUUUAGCACGAAUGGAACUAAAGAAUUUUUUCAGAAAUGUUAUGCCUGUUGCUGAAUAUUUUGAUAGAAGUGGAAUGCUCAUAGAGGUCAACGGUGAAAGAAAUCCAAGUGAAGUUUAUGUUGAUUUCCGUGAAGCAAUAAUACAAAUUCUUGGCUCUCCAGAAUCAGUAUUAAGAGAUAGAACCCAUCAACCGUUAGAAGCUGAGGUGAAAGUAGAGCACACUUACCCAACUUCUGGAAAUUCAAAUCAUAUCGCGCCUCCAUCGCCUACAACAAGAAUCAAUCCUGCCAAGACAGCAAAUAAAGCUAGAAAAGGACUUCCUAGUUUUAUUUGGGUUAUCGGUGGACCUGGAAGCAAUAAAUCGAAUUUGUGUACCCAAGCGAUUCGUAAUAUGCCCAAUUGGGCACACAUAAGUAUAGGAAAUUUGUUCCGAGCAAUGGCAUCGUCCAAUGCAGUUGUGAACGAUUCCAUUGUUGCAGGUGAAAUGGUUGCACAAGAUAUUGUGAUGCAAUUAGUUGAACAACAGGUUCUUCUUAAUCGUGAUAAUGACGGAAUCGUUAUUGAUGGAUUUCCUCGAGAUCUUAAUCAAGUUCAAGAAUUCGAAAGCAAAUUUGGACAAAAACCAUCUUUAGUUCUUUUAGACUGUUCCAAGCUUCAACUGGGACGAGGAAAACUUGAUGAUAGUGUCCCAGCAUUUCGAAAACGUCUCGAAGUCUUUCGUGAAAUUACGUUACCAAUGUUAAAAACUCUCGACAAUAAUAAUCGUUUGAUAACUAUUGAUGGAGACACUGAUGUACCUUCAGUUCAACAAGAAUUCGAAGCGAGUCUUUAUCAGUUAAUGAGGCAAGUGCGUCGUAAAGAAGAAGAUAAUAUACAAAGGUUUGCAACAUCAACACCAGUUGAUAAUGAUGACGAUAAUAAUCCGAGUAUAAUAACCUCUGAUAAUACAAAUUCGAACCAUGUUAAAACAGAAAUGACUAAUGGUCGACCAAAAAAUGUCAUUGAAAAUGGCAUCAACACAAUGAGCAACCAUGUCAAUAAACAAAAAACAAAUAAUUCAUUCCAAGUGAAUAAAAUAACGAAUGGUAUUAAUCAUCGUGGAGUUAAAAAAGAAAUAGGUACAAAAAUUCGUGACGCUGUAGAUGAAAGUGCUCGAAUUACUAACGACGUACUAAAAUCUUCUCGUAAAAAUGGUAAUCACGGUCAUUUAAAUGGUGCUGCCAACGGAGCAUCGCGAUUAUUCCAAAAUGGCAUUGGUCAUUUAGCAAAUGGGAUCCCUCCAGGAGUCAAUCGUAUAGCACCAGCACCUACAAAUUCUGUUAAUCACAAAAAUUCAAUAAAAAAAAAACAUAAUGGAAUCAAUGGUUUUCACGAAAAUCUUCACAUAUAAUAUAGAACAAAAUAUGUUUUAUAAAUAUGUUCGAAUAAUUUUUAAUACACGUUUUUAUCGCCAUAUGUAAAUUAAAAAAUUAUUAAGGAUAUUUAAACAACGUAAAAAUUAAUUGUAGUUUUACUACAUGAUUCCACAGUUAAAUUUAUUCACCACCCGGGUCGAAAAAUUAGAUCUGUUUCAAAAUAAAUGAUAAAUUAAAAUAUUUUCACUAAUUCAUGUUUAGAGAGUAAUAAGAUGUCAUAAGAAUUUUGGUAGCCCGUAAAUAAAAAAAAUUUCUUGACAUUUAAAGAGUAAUCUUAUUACUUUUAUUCAAUAUUAUACGGAGAGAAAUGUCAAGUAAAUGUGCCUAUGCAGCAUAGUAAUAAUUACAUUACUCUAUAGUUUGUGUCCCGCCGCUCUUAUGUAACUGCUCAUACGAAUUAUAGAGUCAUGUAAUAAUCACUAUGCUACAUAGGCAUAUUCACUUGACAUUUCUCUUCAUGUAUGAUUAUUCAGUCAAGACAACUAAAAAAUAAAGUUGUCAAACUAUCAUUAACUGCCGAAAUUUUUGAACAGAAGACACUAAGUAAAUGGUAAACAAAACAUAAUCAAUUCUGUAACUUUGAAUAUUUUUUAUAAAUAUUGUCCAUAAAUAAAAAUAUUACAAGUCCAUUAUUUAAUCUAGUUUUGUCUGCCAAUAACGCAAUUGUUUUUUAAAACAACAGAUCAAAAACAGCUUAAAAUUUUUAUAAAAGAUCGAAAACAGAUCAACCAAUUCAAAUACAGAUCAAUUAGUCCAAACGCAGUCCAGUUAGACUGAAAUCAGAUCUAAUUUUUUGACCCGGGCAUAAAAUGCAAUACUUUAAAGUUAACAUUUUGAAUCUUAUCCAACUAUUCUCACAAUACAACAACUAAUUAUAAAUAUUUCUAAAUUUUGUAAGAAAAAAAAGUUAUACUAUUUUGUAUGUUACGAUACUUACACUGGGAGUACACUAUCAACAGUAGUUUUUUACGUGAAAUGAUAAAUAACGAAUCACUGUCUAGGUAUUCACAAUGUAUAUAGAUAAGUAUCCAAAAACAACUUGUAAAUAUAGAAAAUUAAUAUCAGAAAAUUUUUAUCUUUUAUAAAAUAGAAAAUAUCGAAUACUUUUUGAUUUAGAAAUUUUAUUAUCUAUUUAUUCAAAUUAUAUCUUGUUUAUUGUUUAUGUUAUCAUUUCUAAAUGACGAACUAAUUAAUUCAUCGAUUAAGGAACAUAUUUAUAAAAAUUCGUAAUAAUACGAUACUAUGAUCAUCAAUAAAAGUGAUGAAAAACUUAGGUGAUGUAAACAACUCAAGUACAAAGUGUGUUAGUGCUGUUUCAGUAUUAACUGUAAUAAUAAGGUAUACAAAGUUGAUCAGGUUUCAAAAAUUAGUUUUUUUUUUGAAUAAUUAUUAUAUCUCACAUAAUUCAUUAAAUAAACUUGUACGUUAUAAUAUAAAUUUUGCAAUCAAUAAGAAAUUAUUAAGAAUAAUGCUUAUCAUUUGAAUUAAAAAAUAUUUUUGAUAAGGAUAAAUUAAUAAAUGUUGACUAUAAGAGUAAUUUAAUAUAAGAUUAAUAAGUAUAUUUUAAGAAAUUUUAAUACAAUAUUUUAAAAAAUGCACAUUAGUUAUUUUUUCACAAAAAAUAUAAUAAAAAAUUAUCAACAAAUAUUUUUAAAUAGUUGAACACUUUAUACAACAUAAAAAUAAAUUCAACAAAAAAAUUAAUUUUUCCGCAGGCGGAUUUUUUAUCAUAUGUCAAUAAAUGAUAAUCACGAUUAUAUUUUUUAGUAAGCAUAUAGUCUUGAACAGUAAUUAUAAUAGAAAGUUAUAUUUUAACAGAAUCACAUGUCUGACGGAUCCGAAUUACGGCAAAAUGCGCUAUUUUACGGCAAAUUACGGUAAAUUGCGAUAUUUUACGGUAAAGGUCUGCUUGAAUUACCGUAAAUUUGUGGCAAUCUUGCGGUAUUUUACGGCGAAUUAGCGGUAGCAUUGCGGUAUUUCACCGUAAAGUGAAGCAUUUGACUAUGUUAUGGUAAAAAUUCCACAAAUUUCGGUAUAUUACCGUAAGUUUCCAUUUUCCAUCGUAAAUUACCGCAGGAUGCCGUAAUGCGGAUCUACUCGGGACGAAUCAAUAUUAUUUUCGUAAAAAAAAGUGUUAAUUUUAUGUUACAUCACAUAAAAAUUUAAUCAAAAUUACACUUGUAGUUAGAAAUUUUUUACACCAAAGUGAGUUCAAAAUUACACGGUUGUUUCGAAUUUUAAUAUUUUCAUUUAUUCAUUAAAUACUUUGUCACCGAAUGUAAAAUUUUUGUUAGUGUCUAUGUGGAUCUUUUUCAGCAAUCUUACUUCAAGUGCCAAACGAAAGUUCCAAAAAUGUUUUUUUUCAUCAAAUCGUAAUUUCUAUAUACACUUCUUAUGAGAAUCACUAAUCGUGAUUCAAAGAUUUUAACAUAAUUUUAGACAAACAAAUGAUAUUUUUCAUUUUUAACAAAUCGUUUUUCAAAAUUAUAGUUAAUUUUUUUAAUUAGUGUGAAAAAUUUUCAAUUGCAUGUGUAAUUUUAAGGCAAAUUUAAUACAACAUGUAACUCUGAUCAUGUAAUGUCAUUC